GUGUGUUCAGUUUCAGAGAUGGCCGACAGAAAGAGCAGCAGCAGCGCAGGUGUCAGCUCUCGACUGACCGUCAGGAGGAAAGAAAAAGCAGAAAAUGAGGCCAAGAAAGAGGAGAAACCCCCUAAAGAAGGAGAGAAAGUCGAGGUGAACGGGACAAGCGUGCCGGAGGAGACCGGAGAGGCCGCCACCGGAAACGGAGCCCCGGCGAACGGAGAGAACGCUGAGAAACCGGAGCCCAUGGAGCUGCCACCGUUUGAGAUCAUCACCGGGGAUCGCAUGGACCCAUUUUUCUACAAGUUCCAGUUCAAGAACGUGGAGUAUUCAUCCGGCCGGAACAAGACGUUCUUGUGUUACCUGGUGGACCAAGGGCCCGGAGCCAGCGGGCUCCUCAGGGGCUUCAUCGAGGACGAGCACGCGAGCGGCCACGCCGAGGAGGCCUUCUUCCAGCAGGUGCUGCCCAACUACGACCCCGCCCUCAAAUACACCGUCACCUGGUACAUGUCGUCCAGCCCGUGCUCCGCCUGCGCCAUGAAGCUGGCCGAGAUCCUGAAGGCCAGGAAGAGCCUCCAUCUGUCCAUCUACUCCGCACGGCUCUUCGAGUGGGAGGAGCCUGAGAUCCAGGCGGGGCUAAAGGCGCUGGUGGCCGCCGGCUGCAAACUGCGCAUGAUGAAGCCGCUGGACUUCACCUACACCUGGAACACGUUCGUGGAGAACGACGAGCAGACGUUCGUGCUGUGGGAGGACUGCCAGGAGAACUACGAGUACUACCAAGACAAACUGGCCGACAUCCUGCAGUGAUGUAAGAGACGAUCUCUAACAAACACUCACACAGACAUAUGCAUC